AGUGAAGUCACUUCCGGGCUGGGGUGUUUGUUUGGACUGGAGAAGGGAGGCGGCGGGUGAAGCGCGCGUCGAGCGGGGGAGCGGCGCUGCCUGUGGAGAUCCGCGGAGGCCGACCGGAUUCGUUGGCUGCCGUCCCCGCUGCCGUGCACUGGGUUAAAAACGACAACUAACGCCAGCCAUGAAAGAUCCAAGUCGCAGCAGUACUAGCCCAAGCAUCAUCAAUGAAGAUGUGAUUAUUAAUGGUCAUUCUCAUGAAGAUGACAAUCCAUUUGCAGAGUACAUGUGGAUGGAAAAUGAAGAGGAAUUCAACAGACAGAUAGAAGAGGAGUUAUGGGAAGAAGAAUUUAUUGAACGUUGCUUCCAAGAAAUGCUGGAGGAAGAAGAAGAACAUGAGUGGUUUAUUCCAGCUCGAGAUCUCCCACAAACUAUGGACCAAAUCCAAGACCAAUUUAAUGACCUUGUUAUCAGUGAUGGCUCUUCUCUGGAAGAUCUUGUGGUCAAGAGCAAUCUGAAUCCAAAUGCAAAGGAGUUUGUUCCUGGGGUGAAGUACUAAAAUAUUUGAGUAGACGGGGCCCUCUUUUGGUGGAUGUAGCACAAUUUCCACACUGUGAAGGCAGUAUUAGAAGACUUAAUUGUAAAAGCUCUCUCUUGUCACUGUGUUACACUUAUGCAUUGCCAAAGUUUUGUUAGUCUUGCAUGCUUAAUAAAAGUGCUGAGACUGUUAUUAAGUAAUAAGCUGUCAAACAUUUACUGAAAAUAGGAUUGGCCCCAUGGCUUGAUGUGAAGACAGCGAGGAAAGAAGCACCAGUCAAAGUGACAAAGCACCAAAUUAAAAUGACCUCUAAAUCUUAGUGAAUUGUCUUUUUUGAGGCUAAACUAGUCCCUUAGGGUUAGCGAAUGCUUGUUGAUGUCUAAACUUUUUAAAAAUGAGUACAUUUAAAUUAAGUUCUAGUUGUUAGGUAUAUUUCUAAGUUCAGACUUCAGUUUGCAUUUGUAACUAUCAAAAAGGAUCUCCUUUUUCUGAAGAAGGCCUUGUUAAUUUGAAAUAAUUCUUUAUAGACAAGUAUGUCUUUGGUUACUGAGGUUAUAAGGGUAGUAAUCAGAUGAUAACUAGUCCUGGCUUCGAUGGUUUUUUUCACCUAAGAAGUAGUUCUUCUAAUGUUACAUCUGAGGAAGUAUGUAAUUUGAGAACUGCAUCUUCUUCUGAGGAGUCACUGUAUCAUAGCUGUGCCUAUGUGAAGUGCAAACAUUUGACCCAUCAUAAUCCCCUGAACAAAGUAAUGGUAACAUAAUUUGAGUGGUGCUUUUCCUUGCUUUGUUAACCAUCACUACAAUAGUCUACAGCACAACUUUUCUUUUAACAAAGCUAGAACAGUUUUGGCUUCUUAAACUUCAUACUUGGGUAGGUUAAGCUGCCAUACGUGUUCAGUGUGAAUAGUGUUUAAGUUGAAAAUAUUGUAAAAAAAUUAUAUUUUUUCAAAAAUAUUUAAAAAAAUAAAUAACAGUAGAACU